AUGUCUCAAGAAUACAAACUUAAAGAUAUCCCUUCCUUCGCGUCCCUCAACUCUCUAGACAAGAUCGAGGCUGAAAUCGAAGGCAUUGAGGAUGGGAAGGUUCUUCUUAUCAAGCUGGACGAUAAAGUUCAUGCUCUCAGUCCGCGAUGCUCGCAUUACGGGGCACCACUGAAGAAUGGUGUUGUUACUGGAGAUGGGAGGCUUACAUGUCCCUGGCAUGGAGCCUGUUUCAAUGUCACAACCGGUGAUGUGGAAGAUGCCCCAGCCCCUAACGCGCUGAACAAGUUCGAAGUCUUCGAAAGAGAGGGCGGCGUAUAUAUCCUUGCCAAAGAAGAAGAUGUCAAGGCAGGACAGCGAAAUCCUGUUGUGAAAUGUAGUGUGUCACAGCCGAAGGAGAAGGUUGUUGUAAUUGGAGGAGGAAGCGGAACUCUUGGCCUUAUUCAAGCCCUCCGCGAGCUAAAAUAUCCCGGGGCCAUUACAAUCAUAUCCCAAGAGCCUGAUCUAAUAAUAGACCGGACCAAGCUGUCCAAAGCCCUAAUCACAGACGCAGCCAAGAUCCAAUGGCGGCCACGAGAGUGGUACAUCGAAGCAGCCAUAGAAAACAUCACAGAUGAAGUGACAGCCGUGGACUUUGAACAACAAUCCAUCUCCACCAAAUCUGGCCAGACUAUUCCCUACACCAAGCUAGUCUUAGCAACAGGCGGCGUCCCACGUACCCUCCCGCUACAGGGCUUUAAGGGAGAACUAAACAACAUCUUUACCCUCCGCACGAUCCAAGACGUGCAGUCAAUUCUCACAGCCGCUGGCUCAGAAAAAAGAAACAUCGUGGUAAUCGGCAGCUCCUUCAUCGGCAUGGAAGUCGGCAACGCGCUCUCAAAAUCCCACAAUGUGACAAUAGUAGGCAUGGAAACCUCCCCAAUGGAGCGCGUAAUGGGCACCCAAGUCGGCCGCAUCUUCCAAACAAACCUAGAAAAGGCCGGCAUCAAAUUCAACCUCUCAGCAAAUGUAAGCCACGCAACAGCCUCGCCCUCAAACACCCACACCGUCGGCGCAGUCCACCUAAAAGACGGAACAACCCUCCCAGCCGACCUCGUCAUCCUAGGCGUCGGCGUCCGCCCAGCAACAGACUUCCUCCGCGACAACAAAUUUAUAACCCUUGAGAAGGACGGCUCCAUCAAAACAUCUUCUCACUUCAUCGUCCCAGGCUUGCAAGACUCCGUCUUCGCAAUUGGCGAUAUAGCAACAUACCCCUACCACGGCCCUGGUGCUGAUGCUACGGGCUCACCUGUCCGCAUCGAGCACUGGAACGUCGCCCAGAAUGCCGGACGUGCGGCUGCGCGCGCGAUAGUGCAUGCCCAGCGUAGUCCGCUGUCGUCACUGAAACCCAAGGUGUUUAUCCCGGUGUUUUGGUCGGCGCUUGGAGCACAGUUGAGGUACUGUGGGAAUACAGUUAAUGGGUAUGAUGAUGUUAUUUUGCAGGAGAAGGGAGAGGGGAAGUUUGUUGCAUUUUAUACGGCUGGAGACACCGUUGUUGCGGUUGCUACUAUGGGGGUUGAUCCCGUUAUGGUUAAGUCUUCCGAGUUAAUGAGGCUUGGAAAGAUGCCAGGGAAAGGGGAGAUUGUUGGAGGUGCAGAUAUUUUGGCUGCUAAGGUCUAG